CAAAUAAAACGUCCAUCUCUAAUAGACAACAACUAGUGUCGAGAACACUAAAUAUUCCGCAACUUCACAACACUGUCGUACAGCGUGUUUGGGGAAAAACCAACUUAUGUUGUUUUGUAUCGAUCUAAACUUAGACUUCCCCCUAAAUCGUCUGACAACAAGGGCAGCUUAUCGGCAAGCGAUUGGAUCACCCGAGCAGUUAAAUAGCAGGAGGAAACAAUGAAGAAAGUUUUAUUAACAAAGUCACAGCACAUCCAGGCAGUCGCAAGUGCGGAUCUCUGCUCCAAGCAGCCAUCCUCUGUUCGUGUAAUUGCGAAGCCCAUGGCUCAGUUGAGCACUGCCACCUACAUACAACGAAAGUCCUUCCAGUCCAUAUACGAGGAUAUCUUCAAAUUACUCAUGCGGAUUCCCGAUAAAGCUCUUCAACAACGUGUGAUCGACGCGAUUAAUGGACGUAAUAGCGCUGAUAAGACUACUAUCUGCCAUCAAGGUAAACAGUGCUCUUGUGGAGCCCAAAAAGUGGAUGUCUCCACGCAAACAGAGACGGAAACCCAAAUCUGGACCACCACAAGUGGCACAAUUAAGAAUAUGGCCAUGAAAUUCGAGGAAAAGCCUGCGAUUAAACAUGAAUCAGUCGAUGCUAAGGCGGUCGGAACCUCUAGUGAACCUAGUCCAACUUCCACUGCCAUUGCGUCACCCAAUCAGCCCGUCAAAGUGGGCAAGAAAAGGGGAAGAAAGCGAAAUACCUGCGUUCCACAGGUGGUCAAGAGAUCGGCAGCUGAAAUGGCUCUGCAGGAGCGCAAUGAGAAACAGCUUACUCCAGUCGUUACCAAGCGGAAAAGGCAGGAGUUGUCUAGCUCGGCAAGCAUAAAUGGUGAACUUCAUAUCCUAAAAUCAACACAAGAACGUCGAAACUCUGAAUUCUCGGAUCUAUCCAUCAAUGAUGAUGAGCUUAACAGGGUGGAUGACUAUAUAAAUGAUGGUGAGAGUAGAGAAAAGAUCGUUGAAAUAAUGGCCAAUGUAUUUAGAAAGGCGAAAAUGAUGUCGGAGGUGGGAUUAUUACCCAUCCACGAUGACAUACUGCGCAAUGAUAGUUAUGGGGUAAGGCGUCAGAUUUUCGCGUGUCACCACGCCAACUUCGACAUCAAUGAACUACUGACAAAAGAUGGCGAAGAUUGCCUUCAGCUAGCAUUGACAAACGAAACAGAUCCAGAGAUCAUAUCGUGCAUUCUGGCAGCUGGCUGCCUGACUGAUCACGUUUACGAGAACUCGAAUACAGUCCUCCACUUGGCGGUGAUUAACAACAUAAACGUUGAGUCCAUUAGGGUACUGAUGCGUAGCAUCGAUCUGAAUCUUCUUCUGGAGACUAACGAUGACGGUUAUACAGUUCUGCACCUAGCGGUACGUCAGAAUCAGUUCCUUAUUGCCGAGGCAAUAUUCGACAUAAUAGACGAGCGCGAAUUGGGAAAACCGAUAUACCAGAGAGCAAUUGAGGUGCCAGGCACUGAUGACCGGGACGAAAAGGCCUUCGCCAAGUACUAUGAUAGGGCCUGCGAUAGGCUGGAGGCGAAUAGGCAUAAAUUGAAGAACCGGCGGCUCAAAUCGAACGUUAUUAAUUCCGCAGAAGCUAUGGCGGGAAAUACCCCUCUUUUCUAUGCCGUCGAACGCGAGCAAGAACAUUUUUGCUAUUUCCUGCUGGCCCACCUGGCCGAUCCGGACGAGGAGAACUUAAGCGGGCAUUCCCCGAAAUCGUUUCACUACGAAUACGCUCGCAUUUUGCGCAUCAACUUGAAGGUUUCUCGGGUCAUGGACAAAGUGACCGCCAUUUUAAAUUCUUGACAUUAAUUGUUCGUUUUUUAUCAAUUAAUUUAAUUGUAAAUACAUAUUCUGAAUUUUUCAGUGGAAUUAACCCCAGGCUAA